UCGACUUCCGUCCUAGAUUGGGAGUUUGCUCCGUGGCGGGGAAAAGGCGGGGAGUGGAAAUUAAUGUACACGUGACACCAAUGAAUUCCCGGCGCAUCAAGUGCAAUCUCAUGAACCUAGAUCACUCCGUUCCAUUCGCGCGCAUACAUACAAAACCACAAUGUCUUCCGGGUUCGUGUCAGGUGGAACAGCAGAUGCUCCAACUCAGCGCAGUGAUGAAUGGCUAGCCGCUCAGCAAGAAAUCGAAGCUAAUAGACAGCGAAAAGCCAUUGAAGCAAGACAGCAAGAUGGAAAGAGCUUGUUCGAGAUCCUAGAAGCAAAUAAAGGUAUGCAUCUAGGACCCUUGCAUUUGCAACCUUGCUAUUUUCUUAGACUGAUCACGUAGGGUGCGUUGAAUGAACCAGCUGCCAAACAAGAUGCAUUCGAAGAAACCAAUAAACUCAAGAACCAAUUCCGAUCAUUAGAUGAAGACGAGGUUGAAUUUCUGGAUUCGGUGUUAGAAAGUACGAGGGCAGAAGAAGAUAGGGUGAAGAAGGAAACUGCGGAAGGGUUGGAGCUAUUCAGAAAACAACAGGAAGAGGCAGACAAGAAGGCGAGAGCGGCAGAGAAUGAUGUAGCACAAAUACAAGAGGGUUCGCCGGUGCGUGAGGAUGAAUGGGGUGCUACGAGCCGGAAACGUAAGCGUACAAAGGAUAAAGAAGUAUUGAAGGGGGUGAAGGUUAGGAGAGCUUCGUCUUCCGUAGAACAAGCUUCUUCUUCCUCGUCUGCCAAAGACUUGCCAAAGAAACCUGCGAAAGACGAUUCUAGCUCUGUUGCGACGAACACUAAGCCACAGGCUCCUCAAGAUUCUGCCAAAGUUCCGGAAACGCAGCCUGCAAAGGUGCCAGCUCAAACGGUGGCAAGCAAGAAGCCACCACCUUCUCCACCCAAAGCUGGACUAGGAUUAGUAGAUUAUGGAUCUGACGAGGACGAUGAAUGAUUACUGCCAGGGACGUUUUUGCCGAAUUUGAUUGAAAUGAAUAGACAUAAUCUCGGUACGAAGACCAAGAACUCUCCGGUGAGCUGAGAGCUAUCGCAAAAUGCAGAAUACACGUAGAGGGUGAACAUAUUUCUCAACUA